AUGAAUGAUCAUCCAUCAGAACCUCUUGAAGGAGACAGUUUGGACAAAUUAAAUAAUAUUGAUUUAAGUCACUCUCCAGAUAAUUGGUCUGAUUGGUUUUCCUAUAUUUCUUUAAAGUUCGUAUUAUAUGUAGCUAAAAGCCCGUGGGAAUUUCUUACAUCAAUAUUAAUAAUCCUCACACCUCUCAUGAUAAUUUGUGCUUAUUGUUCAUAUAAGUUGGCUAAAGAAUUAAAACGUCAAGAAGAAGCAAGUCAAAGUGGAUUAAGUAUGGGGAAACUUUAUUAA